AUGGAAGAGGCCAAGUCGAACGAGAGGAGCCCCCUCUUAGGGGCCACCCGCCGGUGGUGGUUCGCCAGCUCCCCCGGUCCCAGCGUCUUCCGCGGGCGGCGCUUGGCGUGCGCCGCGGUGCUGCUGGCGGAGAUGCUGGAGCGGGUGGCCUUCUACGGCAUCACCUCCAACCUGGUGCUCUUCCUCAAUGGCACGCCGUACAACUGGGAGGGCGCCCAGGCCAGCCAGGCCUUGCUGAUCUUCAUGGGCAUCACCUACCUGGUGUCUCCUUUCGGGGGCUGGCUGGCUGACGCCCUGCUGGGCAAGUUCCCCACCAUCUUGGUCAGCAUGGCCCUCUACCUGCUGGGCAUGCUGGCUUUCCCCGGCAUGGCUUUCCCCGGCACCCGGCAGUGGCUCUGCGGCGAGUCGCACCCGACGCUCAUUGAGAACUGCUCAACACCUGUGAACGCCACCACCGUCGCUCCGUGCCCGCUGGAUGAGGACCGCUACUGCCUUGUCCCCGCGUUCGUCGGCCUGGUCCUGGUGGGACUCAGCGUGGGCUCCGUCAAGGCCAACAUCACACCCUUCGGAGCCGACCAGGUUAAGGAUCGGGGCCCUGAAGCCACGCGGAGGUUUUUUAACUGGUUUUAUUGGAGCAUCAACUUGGGGGCCAUCCUCUCCCUCGGCGGUAUCGCCUACAUCCAGCAGAACGUGAGCUUCCUCGUCGGCUAUGUCAUCCCGGCCGUGUGCAUCGGUGUGUCCUUCGUCGUCUUCUUGUGCGGCCAGGGCGUCUUCAUCACCAAGCCGCCCGACGGCAGCGCCUUCACGGACAUGUUUAACAUCCUAGCCUAUUCGUGUUGCUCCCGGAAAAGGCCGGAGGAAUACUCCAGGAAUAGGGGCCCCCAAGGAAUACUGGAGCCGCAGCCUCCCAAGCAAAGCCUCUUCGAGAUGGCCAAAGCAUCCCGCGGAGGGCCGUUCCGGGAGGACAAAGUCGAGGACGUCAAAGCGCUCGUCAAAAUCAUCCCCGUCUUCCUGGCUCUCAUACCUUACUGGACGGUCUAUUUUCAGAUGCAGACGACCUAUGUCCUCCAGAGCCUGCACUUGAGAAUCCCCGAGUUUUCCAACAGCACCACGAACAGCACCUCCAGCAGCCACACGUUCCCAGCAGCUUGGCUCACCAUGUUCGAUGCCGUGCUAAUCCUCCUCCUGAUCCCGCUGAAAGACAAAGUGGUUGACCCCAUCUUGAAGAGGAACGGCCUCCUUCCGUCAUCUCUGAAGAGGAUCGCGGUCGGGAUGUUCUUUGUGAUGUGUUCCGCGUUUGCUGCAGGGAUCUUGGAGAGUAAUCGGCUAAAACUUGUAAAGACCAAGACGAUAAAUCAGGAGAUCGGGACAGCGCUGUACCACGCGGCCGAUUUGUCCGUCUGGUGGCAGAUCCCCCAAUAUAUUUUGAUCGGUUUUAGUGAAAUAUUUGCAAGCAUUGCGGGUUUGGAAUUUGCCUAUUCCGCUGCUCCCAAAUCCAUGCAGAGUGCAAUUAUGGGUCUGUUUUUCUUUUUUUCUGGAGUGGGCUCUUUUGUUGGCUCUGGACUCCUGGCAUUGGUGUCUAUAAAAUCGAUUGGCUGGAUGAGUAAUCACGCCGAUUUGGGUAACAUUAAUGGCUGCCAUUUAAACUAUUAUUUUUUCCUACUGGCCGCUAUCCAAGCAGCAACACUUCUGCUUUUCCUUAUUGUCUCCGUCAAAUAUGACCGCCAAAGAUCUCGGACUAAUGGAGCUGGUGCUGGUGGGCGGACCUGACUUGCUCUGUAAUCGAAGAGCACCGGAUUCGACCGGCAUGCGUUAUUAAUUGAGUCAUCAAUGUGUAAAGGUCUUAAAACGCUACUACAGUGGGGCAUUUUCUUUAAACUUGCAUGUUAACAUUGAGUUCUUGCCUCAACCCUCUUAUUAUUAUUUUUCCUUCCCUAUAAAAGUAGGUAAGUGCCUUAUGUUAGCAAGAUGAACCUGUUUGUCUUGCCUUGUGCCUUGAGGUGUGGCGCAAAACUAUUUUUCAACUGUCUUACCCUUUGGCAUCAGAGAUGAACCACGUUCGUUCCAAGCCGUUUUCACCAGUUUGUUAAAGCCAGGAACGGUUGCCCUUUGGAAAUGGUGUUAACGAAAUGACUGCCUACUAUGGAUGCAUUUCAGUUCUUUCAUGAAGUGCUUUGAAGAAAAGUGGGUGAAAAUACACUCAUAAUUUUCUUUUAUUUCUUUGUUUUUAAUGUUUUCCUUUCUUAAAACUGAACCUAUGCAAAGUAGAUGAGGCAAGUAAUAUCUCUUGUUAAACCUGAGGUGGCUGGGAAGUUCUGUUGGUUAUAUGGGAAUGAUUUGGGAAGGAAUAUUUCUUUCCUAUGUUGAACAAAAAGGGAUGAGCUUUCGGGGGGGGGUGUUUUUCAUAAGUGAAGUUGAAACGACAGUCUGUUGAUGAGGAGGCCUCGCUUUAUGUCAUAGUGGUCUUUCAGCUGCUAUAGGGUGGGUUUUUUUGUUUGGAUUCUUGUAAAUGUUAAAUCUUUUCAGAGUGUGAAACUGAGCUGGUAUCAGAGUUUUGGUUUUGGUGGUUAUUUUUGCCUCAUACCUUGAGAAUUUUAUCUUUUUUUUUUUUUUUUUUUUAGGUAGGAGUUGAAAUAUAUGAGAUCAUUUCGAAAAUAUUGUGUGCUGUGAAUAAGCAAAUCUGUUGCUUCCUGGUUGUAAAGUCCACUUUCCCAUUUAAAAAUGUGGCUGGAUUGAUCUUCUGAAGGACACAUGUCUUCUUGUAGUGGAGGCAGAAGUAGAAAGAAGUUGUGAGAUGAGCCUAUGUUGACUGGAGAUCGCGGGCUAAAACAAGGCCCACGACACUUUAUUGUGUGUCUAUUGUGUGUCAGCCAAACUUUUGCCACAGUUUACUCCUAUGUAGUUCUCUAUUAAAAGCCACUGUGCCAAGGACAAAACAGCUGUGUAUAUAAAUCCACCCCAAGCAUUUUGGUCGAAAGAUGAACAAUUACACAUGAGUCUUCUUAAACCCUUUUCCAGCCUUUUCAAUAACCUUACAAAAAGAAGGGACAUGAUUUCAGACAAUGUGUGGGCGAAAAGCAGUUCUUUAUUUCUCACGGGGCCUGUUUUUAAUUGCGUUUCCCCUGUUAACCUUGGCAGUGACGAUGACAACAGGGCAAUACGUAAAAAGCAGUAUUUUGCACAGAAAUGACAAGAGUCCGCUGGAGAAGGGGAAGGAAUCAACUUUGUCUAAUACCGAAAGGAUUUUAACUUUUUUUUUCUCCUUUUGGUGUUUUAAUUUUUAAGCGUAUUUAAAACAUUGGGAAAAGAAAGAGUAUCUGGUUUAAUGUAAAUCAAGUACCUUCAUUUAAACCUGUUUACAAAACCCUUGCGCUGUGAGCCUGUGUUCUAAUGUGAAUAAAAUUCUGUU